CACGCCGCCCCGCUCCCCCUGUGAGUGUGUGUGUGCGGCCUCAGCCCAGUGCCCGCCGAGCGGUGCCUGCGCCCGGGAGAGCGCGCGCGCGCCCGUGCGGUGUGUCUGUGUGUGUGUGUGUGUGUGUGAGUGUGCGUGUGUGUGUGAGUGUGUGUGUGACAGUGUGUGUCAGGUGACUUGAGUCACGCAGUCUCUCUCUCCCUCCUCGGGGAGGAACUGCCGCGCUCCUGCUGAGUCCUCCGCCGGUAGGCGGGCGGGGCGGCGAGGGGGCUCCGGGCGCGCUGGGAACCGCGGGACCCAGACCUGGACGCCGCUCGCCGGGGGAACUCGCGGCCCCCGCCUCCGCCGGCUCCCGCCACGCUCCAGACAAAACCCCAAUUCAGAGAGGUUGCGAGCGGCAAGCGAGGAGGCUUAGCCCCCACCCGGGAACCCCGCCUCUCCCGGGACGGCCAGCCGUGGGCGCAAUGAGCCAGGUGCUGGGGAAACCGCAGCUGGAGGACGAGGACGACGACGAGGAGGACGAGCUGGUGGGGCUCGCGGACUACGGGGACGGGCCUGACUCCUCGGACGCUGACCCGGACAGCGGGACGGAGGAGGGAGUUCUGGACUUCAGCGAUCCCUUCAGCACUGAGGUGAAACCGAGAAUCCUGCUCAUGGGUCUGAGGAGAAGCGGCAAGUCAUCUAUUCAGAAAGUUGUCUUUCACAAAAUGUCUCCCAACGAAACACUGUUCUUGGAGAGCACGAACAAAAUCUGCCGGGAAGAUGUUUCCAACAGCUCCUUUGUUAAUUUUCAGAUUUGGGACUUCCCAGGACAGAUUGACUUUUUUGACCCUACAUUUGACUAUGAGAUGAUCUUCCGGGGAACAGGAGCACUGAUUUUUGUCAUAGACUCCCAGGAUGAUUACAUGGAGGCCCUGGCCAGGCUGCACCUCACAGUCACCAGGGCCUACAAAGUGAACACCGACAUCAACUUCGAGGUGUUUAUUCAUAAAGUGGAUGGUCUGUCAGAUGACCACAAAAUUGAAACCCAAAGAGAUAUUCAUCAGAGGGCAAAUGAUGACCUUGCUGAUGCUGGAUUAGAAAAAAUUCACCUCAGCUUUUAUCUGACAAGCAUAUAUGAUCAUUCAAUAUUUGAAGCUUUUAGCAAAGUGGUUCAGAAACUAAUUCCGCAACUCCCCACCCUGGAGAAUUUGCUGAACAUCUUUAUCUCAAAUUCUGGAAUUGAAAAGGCAUUUCUUUUUGAUGUGGUCAGUAAAAUUUAUAUUGCAACCGAUAGUACCCCAGUAGAUAUGCAAACCUAUGAGCUCUGCUGUGAUAUGAUCGAUGUGGUUAUUGACAUCUCUUGUAUUUAUGGUCUCAAAGAAGAUGGAGCAGGAACCCCCUAUGACAAGGAAUCAACAGCCAUUAUAAAGCUGAAUAAUACCACAGUUCUUUAUUUAAAAGAGGUGACAAAGUUCCUGGCUCUUGUUUGCUUUGUCAGAGAGGAAAGCUUUGAAAGAAAAGGGCUUAUUGACUAUAAUUUUCAUUGCUUCCGGAAGGCCAUCCAUGAAGUUUUUGAGGUGAGAAUGAAAGUGGUAAAAUCACGAAAGGUUCAGAAUCGGCUGCAGAAGAAAAAAGGAAGCACUCCCAAUGGGACCCCUAGACUGCUGCUGUAGGUGAGGUUUCAGGAACAGCUUUUGAAAUCAGACCUUUCAGUGAGGCUGCUGCACUGCGUUGCACUAAAGGAAGAGGAAGAAGGAGAUUGGAAUACAUAAAUUUGUUGUAAAAAAAAAUUCCUGCAACCCUCUUGAUCUUCUCUUUUUUAAAAUAAAGCAAGCACUUUGAAGCAAAAACUUGUAUAUUAACAAUAAAGUGAAAUCCACUGUAAUUUCAUUACACAAAUGUAAACUUUUAUGGUCUAUAGUCCGAAAAAUCCUGUGUGAGAACUGCCAGGAACUGUAUAUAUUUUGCACUUUUUCAUGUUUUUUUCUCAUUGAACUAAACUUUGAUAAAACAACUUUUCUAAGCUUUUUUCUGUAGUGUCAAAGACGUGCAUACUGUAGUUCCUCUCUAUAUGGCAAUCAUAAAUUAAUCAAAAGUGAUGCAUUGGCAAUGACUUUUUAUAAAUUUGGGAAUUUUUGCUACCAAUCAUUGAGAAAAAUCAUUUUUCAAAGAAGAUGGAAUAGGGCAGCAAGCUCCAGGAGCAAUAAGAACUGUCCCUUAUUUAUAACUAGUAAUAACUAGGAGUUUUGUAGAAUAAUAAUAGUGCCAAACUUAUCUAACCAUUUCAAUAGCUAUGGCAGUGCUUCCCUACUCAACAGUUUUUAUAAAGCUUUACCUCAACACACAUCUCUAUAAUCAUUUUAUACAGAGAGGCUGUUUCUUUUUGUUGCAUUACUGUUCUUUAGAACUUUUGGGACCAGGUUUCCAAAAUGGUGCCGAUCACUUGAGAGAAAUAAGAAUGUCGCUGAAUUGCAGAGUUUCUGGAGUCUUUUUGGUAUUUGCCACCCAGGCUAAAGUAACAUCAGAGGCCAUGUGAUUUCCCAAAUGUAGGUGAUUGGCAGCUGGAGAAAGAAGAAUAUAUAUACAAUUCGGUAUGUUGGGCCUCUGUGCAGUAAGCCAACUGCAACAUUUGCUGCACAACAUUAUUGUGCAACAUUUGAAACAUUUAUUUAGUACUAGUUUUCUUUUCUGUUUUUUAACUCCAUGAUCACAGGGGAUGUCUCAGAUCUCUACCACAGAGCUAAAUCCUGUUGGGCACAUUUGUCAUCUGAAUCUCUUCAUCUGUGACAAUGUGCCUUGUGUAAUCUACUUGUUUCACCUUCUGAUUAAACUAGAACUCAGCUGGCUAACAGCAUGCUCUGCACAGCUGAAAAGCAAUCCUGAAAACCCUUGAAGGUCAGCGGGAAGGGGAUGGCCAGAGGAGGCAUUAGAGUUAGUUAGCUUUGUAUUUGUUUCUAGGAAAUUUUUUUGUUACGUUUACUUUAGACUAAUAGCAAGUUAAAAAACUCUUAAAUCUACCCCAUCCCAAACCAUUCCAAGUAGAUAAAAAUUCUAGGUCCAUCCAAAAGGUCAGUGCCCUAAGGCAUGCUUGUGGGUAUUAGAAAAAAAUAUAUAUAUAUAAUUAUUAUUAGCUAAUAUAUAUUAACUAUAACAAUAUAUAUAUUAGCAGAGCCUCAUUAGGGAUGUCACAGCUGCUUCUAGCAAAAUGUAUCAAGUUCCUAAAGCAACUUGUCCUUGAAACUGUCCCACUUCUAUCUGCGGCUUUUUUCCAUCCUCUCUCCUUCUCAAGUAAUGUUCCUUUGAGGCUGGUGACUGCAGUUUAAGAUGGUAGCUGAUUGGGGUUUAAAGUUUGAGCCCUCCUAAGGGUCUCUGCAUUUUGGAAGUAAAUUUCUAAAAAUCAUGAAGGAGCCCUAACUUCCUUCCUCGUGAUUUCUGCUCAGAAACCUGGGUGAGUAGGAACCCAGGUUUCCAGAGAAGUCUUUUUCCUAAUUUCAACACCUAUACCCUGUUGGACCUUUGCCAACAGGCUUGGUACCGGUGGGUUAUUCUUAUAAAUCUAAUUCUUUAAUAUUUUUUACGCAAUGUUUCUUUUUGAAUAAGCAAAUAAAGAAUUACUUUUCUAAUGUGACUUUAUCCCCAGGGUAGAGACAUUUGCUUAUCUGGUAACUCACACAUUACUUGGAUAUAUACAUAUAUUAUUGUAACCAGGUGGAGCUUCCAUUUUUGAGCUGGGUAUAUGAUGGGUUUUUGUUAAAAUGUGCCUUAAAAGCCUAUUACUUCAAGAGCAAAUGAUUCUUUGGGGCAAAGGCAAAAUCAUUGCUAUGGCAUAAGACCCCAAGUUUAUGAUACGAAGUACACUCUUUGAUUAAUCACAUACUAAUAGAGAUCACUGCCUCAAACCUGUAAGCAUGGCAAUGACCUCUUAGUUUUAGAGAGAUGUAAGAGUUAGUCUAAGUUUUUGAAAUCUGUGCCAUUGGAAUUACAAAAUCUUUUAAAUUCCUUUUGCAUUUUCUUUUUGAUAUGGGAUUUAGCUUACUGCAACAUGCAUGGCCACCUUUAGCUCUCAAAUCCAAUGCUAUACAUACAGAGCCCAAAAUACAUGGCUACAUGACUGCUCUAGAACAUUUUUGUUUAUUUUCAAAGAUUGAGAACUUGACCUACAGGUUCUAAGGAAAUUAGAACAUCUUUGUGGAAGUGAGACUAUAUGAAUUAUCCAUCAUCUUUGGUUAUUUUCAGUGAUAUAGAUUAGUAUAUAUGACCAGGGUAGAGUGUUUUUGAAGGACUAGAAAUCAAAAAUUGAUUGACAUUCACAGUUAGUGUUAUUUUGUAAACAUAAUAUAUUUUGGACCCUUAAAUAUAAAAUGACUAAAAAUACAGCAAUAUUGUUAAAUACGGGUUGUAUGUUAACUCUGAAACAUACUCCAGAAGAGCAGCCGAACUGUCUUGAUUAUUAAAGUACAGUAUGCAUUCAACUUACAUGGACUGGAUAUAAUUUGUAAUCAAGUGUAGUAUUAUAUUUUACGCAGUAUAUCAUUUAUAAUGAUUGUUAAACCAUUGCUUUCACAAAUGUUAACCACCAAUUUGAAAGACUGUGUCACACACUCAGGAUUUGGUAAGGCUUGUGUUUUAUUUUAAGCAAACUCAUAACUAAUCUUUCUGGGAGCAGAAUGGUCUCUGGUGAAAAGGAAGUAUGGUCUUUCAUAUUUAUGAGGUUGUUUACCACACACAUGUAUCACAGCUUUAUGGCCCUCUUGGGUCCUUUUAGUCAAAUGUGUUUGUCCUGAUUAACCAGCUUUCAUUUUGUGGAAAUGAGGAUAAAUUUCUCUAUUUAAAUUGGA